AACAACAACAACAACAACAACAACAUGUCUUUAAUAUAUUUACCUUUUUUAGGAAAUGAACAUCAGAAAUCGGAUUAUUCUCCAAUUAUUCCAGGUACUUUAGGUAUUAGCUUGCCAACAAUAAAGGAGUUGGGCGUGUUUGGUGAAAAUCCUCCAUUAUAUCGGCCUAUUCCGAUAUAUCCAAUCCAUAUGAAGGCAAGACAAACAGAGUUUAAGCGUCGACUUCAGGCAAGGGAUAAUGCUCGCCCGUAUAAUGCAGCAAGUGAGCGUAACUUGGCAAAAAUACCGAAAAUGCCACGACCAAUCGGUAAUUCAACAUUGGUUACAAAUACUUCAUCAUUAACUACUACUUCAUCAAUUGCUUCAUCACCAAAUAUUUCAUUAACUGCUCCAUCAACUGUUAUAUCAAAAACUGCAACUACUAUCUCAUCAUCAUCAAUUACCACUUCAUCAGCUAUUAAUACUGUUCCAUCAAUUAUUAUUCCAUCAGAUGUUUCAUCAAAUAAUCCACCAACGACUACUCCAUCAACAUCUACAAAUGUUCAAACUCCAUCAACAACCACAAAUGUUCAGACUCCAUCAACAACCACAAAUGUUCAGACUCCAUCAACAACCACAAAUGUUCAGACUCCAUCAACAACCACAAAUGUUCAGACUCCAUCAACAUCCACAAAUGUUCAGACUCCAUCAACAUCCACAAAUGUUCAGACUCCAUCAACAGCUACAAAUGUUCAGACUCCACCAACAUCUACAAAUGUUCAAACUCCAUCAACAUCUACAAAUGUUCAGACUUCAUCAACCUCUACAAAUGUUCAGACUCCAUCAACAUCCACAAAUGUUCAGACUCCAUCAACAUCUACAAAUGUUCAAUCAAUCGUUCCAUCACCUUCAGCAAAAUCAUCAUCGUCUUCGUCUUCAAAUGAGAAAUCAGCUACACAAUCAUUGAAUUCAUCAUCACCUGCUUCAAAUGUAAUGUCAGAAUCUUCUAAUUUAGUAAAUGUAGCAUCACCUAAACAACCAUUGGAAUCAUCAUCUUCUACUAAAGAUGGAACAUCAGCUACACCAUCAAUAGAAUCGUCGAAUGCAACAUCGGCUACACGAUCAUUGGAAUCAUCGCCUUCUGUUAAUAAUCUACACAAUCACUGGAAUCAUCGUCUACUUCUAAAGAUGCAACAUCAGAUACACAAUCAUUGGAAUCAACUUCUUCAUCUUCAAAAAACACAACAGAUACACAAUCAUCGUCUUCUACAGGUGCAACAUCAGCUACGCAAUCGUCAGAAUCAUCAUCGUCUACUAAAGAUAAAACAUUAACUACACAAUCAUCUGAAUCAUCUGCUGCUAAAGUUGUAGCAUCAGCUACACGAUCAAAGUCUUCUAUCAAAGAUGCAAGAUCAACUUCUUCAUCUUCAUCAGGAAGAGCUUACGCAUGGAACAUUCCGACUCGAAUUAUAAUUCGGUCGAAUACAAUUCCUAUUCAGCCAAAAAGUCCAGUAAUGAUUAGGCCGAACAUUCAACAGACAAGUCCACAAGGUCAAAUGUAUAAUCCUAUUCAGCAGGUGGGCCCAAUGAUUCAGACAGGUCGGAUGACAAAUCAAAUGUAUCAUAUUCAGCAAACAAAUCAAAUGUAUCCUAUUCAGCGGCCUGGCCAAAUGUAUCCUAUUCAGCAGGCGGGUUCAAUGUAUCCUAUUCAGCAGGCGGGUUCAAUGUAUCCUAUUCAGCAGGCGGG